CGCCAGUGCUGCCGCGGGCGUCGAAGGAAGAGGUAGCGGGGUCCUAGUGCGCGUCUGCUCCCUUCUCCGCCUCCCGAUUAUGGCUUGGAUGCGGAGGCCGACGAGGCUUCUGCGACUCUGAAGCCAUGAAGACCAUCAUCGCUGCCUACUCCGGCGUCCUGCGAGGUACUGGGUCCAGCAUCCUUUCUGCUCUUCAGGAUCUGUCCUGGCUGUCCAAGUCCAAGGUCGAGAAGCAACUACAGGUGAUCUCGGUGCUGCAAUGGGUGCUGUCCUUCCUCAUCAUGGGUGUGGCUUGCACAGUCAUCCUCAUGUACAUUCUGUGCACAGACUGUUGGGUCAUCGCAGCCGUCUAUUUGGUGUGGCUGGUGUUUGACUGGAACACUCCCAAAAAAGGAGGAAGGAGAUCUCAGUGGGUCAGAAACUGGGCUGUGUGGAGAUACUUCCGGGAUUACUUCCCAGUCCGACUGGUUAAAACCCACAACUUGAUGACCAACAGGAACUACAUCUUUGGCUACCAUCCUCAUGGAAUCAUGGGACUGGGUGCCUUCUGCAACUUUAGUACGGAGGCAACGGGCGUGGGCCAGAAGUUCCCUGGGAUCCGGCCAUACCUUGCUACAUUGGCCGGGAACUUCCGGAUGCCCAUCUUGAGGGACUACUUAAUGUCUGGAGGUAUCUGCCCAGUGAACCGCGACACCAUAGACUUCAUCCUCUCCAAGAACGGCACUGGGAACGCCAUUGUGAUUGUGGUGGGGGGCGCAGCCGAGUCCCUGAACUGUACGCCGGGCAAGAACUCUGUCACCCUCAAGAACCGGAAAGGCUUUGUGAAGCUGGCAUUACGGCAUGGAGCAGAUCUGGUGCCCAUUUACUCCUUUGGCGAGAACGAGGUCUAUGAGCAGGUGAUCUUUGAAGAAGGCUCCUGGGGAAGGUGGGUGCAGAAGAAGUUCCAGAAAUACGUCGGCUUUGCUCCCUGCGUCUUCCACGGACGGGGCCUCUUCUCCUCCACCAGCUGGGGCUUGGUGCCAUAUUCCAAACCCAUAACUACUGUUGUUGGGGAGCCCAUCACCAUUCCCAAAAUCGAAAAUCCAAGCCAGAAGGAAAUAGACUUUUAUCACAGCCUCUACAUGAACUCUCUGAUUAAACUUUUUGACAAGUACAAGACCAAGUUUGGCCUGCCAGAAGCAGAGGUCUUGGAAGUCAAUUGACUGGCACCAGAGACGAUCCUUCGGUCUUGCGUUUUCGGCAGCAAAAAACCACUUGGCAAAGAGACCCUUUUUUCGCCUGCCAGAAUCCAAGUUGUGUUCUUCUUUGUUUGGUCUCUUUGUCUGUGAGCCAGGGAAGUGAGCACGGAAGUGUGCGCCAGCUUUUUUUAAAAGGACAAAAGGAAAAUACGUUUGUCUAAAUAUUCAAAAUGUUAGACCUCUGUAGGAACGUUUUAUUUUUCUGUUUCAUUGUGUUUCCUGCUCUGUCGGUGACACGACACCUCUCCCCAUGUCGUCUUUUGAAUGGGAAGAGAAAGGUUGCCCUUUGCAAUGGCCAUUUAGGGUAGAACACAGAGCCCUUGAGCUAGAAACAGAGCAGCUCAAAAAGGAAGGAAGCUGCCUUCUUUUGACUGGCCAUUGAUUGACCAUGGUUGGCUUGGGAUCCCCAGGAGGCCUUUCUCAGGUUUGUCAGCCUGAGACCCUAUCAGCCUGGGGUCACUUGGGACUGAGCCUGGAAGAUUAUGCAGGCAAGGCAUAUAUUCUGCCCUUGAGCCAUGCCCUUCCUAGAUAAUGAAACAGGGUUUGUGGAACGAAGCACUUAUUUGGACUGGAGUUUGAUUGGCUAGCCUUGAUGAAGCAGGCACUGCAUGCAGUGCCAUUUUCUAGUGGUGAUAAGUAAUAAUAUGAGAAAUGCUGUAUACAUUGAAAUCCAGUCGGCUGUACCUAUUCAGGGCUUCUGCAUCCAUGGAGUUAACCAACCAUGCUUAAGAAACCAAGCAUGGUUCCUCCUUUAGGCUCCCAUUUUUAGUUCCAGAGGCUCUCUCUAGCACUCAUUUGACCUAUUUGCCAUUUUAUAUAAGGGUUGUCAUUUUGCUAUGCCAUUGUAUAUAAUGGGACUUGAGCCUCCACUGAUUUUGGUAUCUAUGAGGAUCUUGCAACAUAGCCCAGUGUAUCAUUGCAAGCAGUUCUCGCCUCUCCACAGCCUGCAUGUCCCGUGACAUUGUCCUUGCCAUUCCAGCAGCACUUUUACAUGUAAGCUGGACCCAUUGGGGCUGGAAUCAAAUCACGCACCUACAAUUGGAAAACUAAACCGGAUUUAAGAGUGGAGCCCCCAGCAUUUUGUAGUUUUGUGUGCACUGAUUUGCACCAUCUCAUCUCCUUUUGCAUUCACUUUAUAGCAUAAGGACAGGGAAUAGUGACAUGAAGGAGCCCACUAAGUGGGUAAGAUUAAAGGGAAUGGAAAUGAAGCAUUUUUUGUGGGAAAUGCAAAAAAGGAAAUGAAGACUCUUUUCCAUAGGAAAAAAGAGUCCUCUUUUAGUUACAAAGGAGACCAAAGAAAAGGAAAGGGAACAUUGUUCUUCCCUGGCCCCUCCCGGAAGGCGUGAAACCAUGCAGAAAUCAUCUCUCUCUGUUCUUGAAGCAGCAAAAAACACUGUUUUCAUUAGAGAGGGAAAGGAGGUGGUCGCUAGUCCUCAUGGUUCCAAAGAAAAGGCUAGAAUUGCACAGGCACCUUUCUGGGAUUUUUAAAUUUGGAAAUCCAAAUUCUUACGUUUUUUUAUUUCUCAACUUCAUGGGAUGCACACUCACUUCUGUAGCCACACUCUUUCAGUGAUACUGUAGUCAAUUCUGUUUUACACAACCGAUGUUACGUGGUGCAAGGGGAUUUCUUUUUGGGAAAGGUCUCUCCUGGAAGCACAAGCAAUGCAACUUCUCAUUUUUUCCCUCCUCCUGUUUUUUUUUUCUCCCCUUUCUUUCUUCAUCUUGUUGUACAAAUGGGACUGGGAACCAAAGACCAUGCCUGAAAGCAGACUUGGCUCAGUUAAUUGCUUUCCUCGGUAUCCUCACGUUCUCCCUUUCUUCAUCUUGGUAUUGCUAGAAUGACUCGAUGUUUUCAAAAAUGGCUAAUGUUAAAAAUCAGGCAUGGGCAAACUUGGGCCCUCCAGGUGUUUUGGACUUCAACUAACCACAAUUCCUAACAGCCUACCGGCUGUUAGGAAUUGUGGUUAGUUGAAGUCCAAAACACCUGGAGGGCCCAAGUUUGCCCAUGCAUAUUAUAUAAAUAAUGUCAGUAUGCUGGAAGUUAAGUGUUAUCACUCAGCAAUAUGUUGAAGCGGAAUUGAGAACUGGUUUUCAACCAGCCAUGAUAGAGAAUGGGAAAGGAGAAGUGAAAAGAUUGCCAGCUACUUUCUGAAAAGAACCUCUUAUGUUUUAUCAAAUAUAGAGCAGGUAGAAGGUUACUGUACAUAUUCUUCUAUAAGUCAACUUCCUAUAUAAGAGGGCAGAUUUUGGGGCCAAAACAAUACAUUGCAAUUUUAUUUUAUUGUGUCAGAAGCGACUUGAGAACAUACGGCAAGUCGCUUCUGGUGUGAGAGAAUUGGCCGUCUACAGAGACCUUGCCCAGGGGACACCUGGAUGAGUUAGCUGGGAGGCUUCUGUCAUGUCCCUGCAAGCUAGAGCUGACAGAUGGGAGCUCACCUCAUUUCACGGAUUCGAACUGGCAACCUUCAAGUCAGCAACUGAAUCUUAAGGUCAGCAGUCCAGCCGGCACAAGGAUUUAACCCAUUGUGUCACUGCAGCUCCUUACAUUGCAAUAUGACCCAUUCAUAAGUCGAGGGUCUUUAAGCAGAAACAAAAAAAGCACUAAUCACUGAAAAAUCAAUAAAAAAGGCUCAGUUUAAACGUGUUUUUUGCAGUUUGCCACCAAAAUUUGCAACACAGUGACCUGAAAACAGGCAUCCUCAGCAUGUUUUAAGGUCUUUUAGACAUUGGAGCAAAUUGGUUCCAGAACAGGUAACCUUGCCCACCCCAUAUUAAAAGUAUAUUGAAGGAGGAAUGCUGACUAUCUGAAAGAUUGUGUCUUUAAAUCGUAAGCAGGAGUACAAUAUUUUGUAGGAAGCAAGCGUCUGGAAAUCCCUGUUUUUCAAGAAGACUCUACUGAUUCCUCAGUUCCGCAGUGAAUGUAUAUAACGAUAGCUCUUCUGCACAAUAUAUUGACUGUUUUUUUUAACUGUUUACAUGGAUGUUGACUGAAGCUUUAUAGAGAAAUAUAUUCAGAGCCCAAUGUGCGUGCAUAUCUAUAUACCUAUUUAAAUGUUUUGCACUACUUGCAUGUUUAACCUGCCGCCUUCCGUCGUUUUAAUCGUGGGUAACGAUCCAAGCUCAACAUGUGCCUUCGGGUGAAUGCAGGACGCCAGGGCCUUGGUUCUGGGGCUCUUGCAUCCCUGUGAUCUUAAAACAUGAAGUGUAUACAGAUCUUUAAAAAAGAAAUGCUCCAACCCUUUGGGCAUUUCAUGGAAUAUUGUAUAUCGGGAAAAGAAUUUUGUACAAAUUUAUAGAAAUAAAUGUAAGGAAAAAAUGUA